CUUAAAUGGCUUUGUUCAGUGAACUCGUACAACACAGAAGAGAGAUGGAGAUGAGAGAAAAUUAUGGCUUUGAAACUGUCAUAGAGUUGUAGAAGAUAGCGAGAGUCAGAGAGAGGAAGAUACUCAAAAGAGGUUUGAAAGCGCAGCAUAAAAAAGUGGAGAGAUUCACGGGAUUGUCAGUGGGUAUCUUUCAUUUGUAGUACACGUUGCUCCAGGAAGUUUAGAUAGAGAGAGAGAGAGAGAGAGAUUAGGAGAGAAAAUUCUUUUUUCUUGGCGAGAAAAUUUAGAAAGAGAAAUAUAAAGGGGAGGGGUUUGUGCUUUUUGUAGGUGGGGGGUGUGAAAUCGGCGCUGUUUUUUGAAUUUUAGAAGUUCUUCACGGGGUGCUGUCAGAAUUUCUUUUCAAAAUCAAAAAAACCCCCCAAUCUUUAUAAGGACUUUUUGGCUGUUUAUUUUUCUCCCUCUAGCUUGCCACUUCAAAUUCCCACUACAGACACAGAAAAGAAAACAUGGGGAAGGCUACAAGGUGGUUGAAGGGCUUGUUGGGGAUGAAGAAGGAUAAGACUCAUGUGGAGAAUUCAGGUCCAUUGCCUGGAGACAGGAAGGAGAAGAAACGGUGGAGUUUUGCCAAGUCUCCAAGGGAUUCCAGCGCAGUUGGUCAGUCGCCGGUGAGCGUUCCGGGUAAUAUGUCAGUCCCAGAUGCUGCUUGGAUCAGAUCCUAUAUGGCUGAGUCAGAGAAGCAGCAGAAUAAGCACGCAAUUGCGGUGGCCGCCGCAACGGCAGCUGCGGCCGAUGCUGCUGUGGCCGCUGCCCAGGCGGCGGUGGCGGUUGUGCGGCUUACAAGCCAGGGCAGGGGAACUUUGUUUAACGGAGGGAGGGAGAGGUGGGCUGCUGUGAAGAUUCAGACUGUUUUUAGGGGUUGUUUGGCCCGAAAAGCACUUCGAGCUCUAAAAGGACUGGUCAAGUUACAGGCGCUCGUUAAAGGCUAUCUCGUCCGUAAACGGGCUACUGCAACUCUCCAUAGCAUGCAAGCUCUUAUAAGAGCUCAGGCUGCUGUUCGAUCACAGCGUGCGCGUCGGUCUCUCAACAAAGAGAACAGAUUUUAUCCGGAAAUUCGAUCCCGGAAAUCCAUUGAAAAGUUUGAUGAAACAAGAAGUGAAUUUCACAGCAAGAGGCUAUCUGCAUCUUAUGAUGCUUCAAUGAACGCUUUUGAUGAAAGCCCAAAAAUUGUCGAAAUUGACACUUGCAAACCCAGAUCAAGAUCUCGAAGAAUCAACACCGUGUUGUGUGAAUUUGGUGAAGACCUGCCUUACCAAACGAUCUCAUCGCCUCUUCCGUGUCCGAUUCCUGCUCGUAUAUCGGUGCCAGAUUGCCGUAACCUUCAUGACUUUGAAUGGUACUUCAAUGGUGAUGAAUGUAAGUUUGCUACUGCUCAGAGCACUCCUCGAAUCCAGUCUAACGCUCCGGCUACACCGGUGAAGAGUGUCUGUGGAGACAGUUUCUUCAGACCUUACUCGAACUUCCCUAACUACAUGGCGAGCACGCAAUCUUUUAAGGCCAAAUUGAGGUCUCACAGUGCACCAAAGCAAAGACCGGAGCCAGGGCCAAAGAAGAGGCUUUCACUGAACGAAAUUCUGGCAGCACGAAACAGCAUUAGCAGUGUUAGAAUGCAGCGUUCUUUUUCCCAAGUUGAAGAGGAAGAAGAUUUUUGAGAAAAUUGUUGUUAAGAGGUCCUCUUGUGUUUGUUAGGGAGAAACCAGUGGGGGAUUUCUGUUUUAAAUGUUUCUCUUGAGCUUAUUUUUCCACUCUUGUGUGAACUGUGAACAACAAAUAGGAUAGAGCACAGGGUCCUGUAAAUUCUUCUAAAACAGUUCUUACUGAAUUAUGCCUUAUGGAAACGAAAUAUCUUUUUUCCCUCCAAUUCAAGGACUGGGAGGCUCGGGAUCAUAAGAUACGACCGUAGGUUUAGCCUCUUCGUAGCUCUUUACACUUAUUUAUUA